AUGUACUCAAAACUGAAGUUCCUCCAAGGCAAUUCGACUACCUCAGUUCGAUCAGCCUCUCAAUUCCUCAUAGAUCUCCGAGGUCAGAGGAUUCAAUCGGACGAAGUCAUCGUCUCCUUCGAUGUGACGUCGUUAUUUACAUCCACCCACCAAAUGUGGCCCGCGAAGUCUUGCGCAAGAGACUUGAAUAGGCGUUCGAUGAGAUUCAGAAUGCACUCAAAAUUGAACAUCUCAUGAGGCUGUUUGAAUUCUGCCAACAAACCUUCUUCACUUUUGCAGGAGUGACCUAUGAACAAAUCAAGGGAACUCCAAUGGGCUCGCCGGUCUCCAGUUUUGUGGCAGAACUGGUCCUACAGGAGUUAGAAAAGAUUGCCUUCAUCCAAUAUGAACCGGUGUUUUGGCGCCUUUACAUAGACGGCACGUUCGUCAUCGUAAAGGACAUGCUACAACAUUUCCACAGCCUUCUCAACGCAGUCUUCCCUGAUAGAAAAUUCACGCGGGAAGAAGAACAGAAACAGCAGUUGCCCCUCCUGGAUGUGCUUGUCAGACGUAACCUUAACGGUGAACUUGAAACGAAGGUUUAUAGGAAGGUAACGAACACCACACGACUUCUUGAUUUUCACAGCAACCAUCCGGCGGCUCACAAACGAAGCUGUGUGAAGACGCUCUUCAAACGCAUCCAAACUCAAUGCAGCAACCCGAAGGACAGAGCACGUGA